GAAGCACAGAGAGGACAAGCAGAAUUGCUGCUAAUUUUCUUGCCGAAAAUGUCAGCCAAGGAGCAGCUCACGAAAGAGGUGAAGAAAUUGUUGGAUGAUUCUGAUAUGGUACCACAGGACAAGAAGCUGAUACAAUUAAAUGGAGUGUUAUAUCCAGCUGCUUUAUGCAGUGAGGAGAACUUUAAGGCUUUGGAAUCCUUUGAGGCAAGGGAGGAUGAUCUGAUGCUGGUUUCUUACCCUAAAUGCGGAACUACUUGGUCUUUAAAUUUACUAAAUGACAUGGUGCAAACAGUAUACAAUAAAGAUCCUCCAAACAUGAUUCAAAUCUUGGAAUUUGGAGCACCUAACAAAUAUGAGAAACUAAAUGAAGAACCGUCUCCAAGAGUUUUAGGAACACACUUGCAUUAUGAUAACAUUCCCCAGUCAUUUUUUAAUAAGAAAAUAAAGUUGCUGGUUGUAUUUCGUAAUCCAAAAGACACGGCAGUAUCGUUUUUUCAUUUUUAUAACAAAAAUCCAAUGCUUCCCAACUACAGCUCCUGGGAUACAUUUUUUGAAGACUUCAUUGGUGGAAAAGUUUGCUGGGGGUCAUAUUUUGAUCAUGCACUUGCGUGGAACAAACACAUUGACGAUGAAGAUGUUUUGCUAAUGACUUUUGAGGAAAUGAAAGAGGACCUGGAGGCAGCAGUAAAGAAAUUAUCGAAGUUCUGUGGGUUUUCUAUGACUGAUGAGCAAGUUCAGGAAGUGGCUAAGAAAGGCACAUUCACAGCCAUGAAAGAGAAAAUAUCUAAUAUUCAAAAGGAAUUUGCAGAUAUUUUUUUAAGAAAAGGUGAAGUUGGAGACUGGAAAAACCAUUUCUCAGAAGCUCAGAGCCAAGAAAUAGAUGCCAAGUUUGAAGCGUGUUUAGCAGGAACCAAACUAGGAGAAAUGCUGAAGUAUAAUGUGUAUUGCAAAUAGUCCAUUCUUGUGUGUGUAUGGGGGGUAGAAUGCAUUAAUCUAAAUUGUAAUAAACUUUUUUUUGAAAAUA